CUAGCCUGCAAUUUCUCUCUCCUCGCAUCCGCCCACAUCCAAUUUCCAGUACAGACUUCACCUAAAGUCCUAGCAAAACCCUAAAUCCCAAGAACAAGCCAAAACCCCCAAGAAGCCAAAACCCCAAGAAGGAAGAAAUGCAUAUGCUUCGAUAUGUUCACACGUCUCAAUGAUGAGACGAUUGCGUAGAAUUUCAGAAUUUCAGGUGUAUCUCAAUGCCCACAGCAUAAUCGCAAAACCCUCAUUCCCAACACAGUUUAAUCGCCAUCAUGUAACUCAGACACCGCCCAUCAAUAGGAAUCAGACGUCGUUGGAAAUUAUUGCGUCCCUAUUUUCCAGUAAAUUGGGACAUAGUCCGGCAGAGGUGAUCGCAAGACAAAAACUGCGGGAAUGUGUUUCCCAGUUGAGGAACGAGCUUUUGAGUCAAAGCGAGGAGGAUGUGGAGAAAAUCGAGAGAGUCCUGGAAGAAGAUGGCGUCGCUCUUUUCAGGAAAUAUCCAGAUGGGUCCGCCGUGGUUGAGCUUUUUACGCAGCUGAAAUCUUUUCCCGAUCUAUCUUUGAAGGUUUUUUCUUGGAGGAGAAGACAACUGGACUACGCAGCACCCAUGACUGCCGAGGAGUACACAAAGGGCAUUAUCGUGGCCAGCAAAUUGAAAAAUGUCGAUCUUUCAGUCGAGCUUUUCAAAGAAGCUUUGAACAAGAACCUAACCAAGACAUCUGUGUACAACGCCCUACUAAGCGCCUAUAUGUACAACGGCUUGACCAUGAGGUGUCAAUCCCUUUUCCGGGACCUGAAAAUGGACCCCUUGUGCUCCCCAACCAUCACCACAUACAACAUACUCAUAUCAGCAUUCGGCCGAUUAAUGCUCGUGGACCACAUGGAAGCCACUCUCAAGGAAAUCAAUGAUUCGAACAUCCCACCAACACUCGACACAUACAAAGGCUUGAUUUCUGGCUACAUCACUGCAUGGAAGUGGGACAAAAUGGAAAAAACCUACUUUCUGAUGAAAUCGGGCCCAAUCCAGCCUGACUUGGAUAUCCAGCUUCUAAUGCUGCGUGGGUAUUCGCACUCUGGUAAAAUAGAGAAAAUGGAGGAAAUUUACGAGAUGGUGAAAUCUCACUUCGAUGGUAAUAUGGUCCCGUUGAUUAGAUCCAUGAUUUCUGCAUACUGCAAGAGUUCGCAUGUUGCUCGUGUUCAAAGAAUUGAGGAAUUGCUUAGAUUUAUCCCGGAGGACGAUUACAAGCCCUGGCUGAACGUGUUCUUGAUUUGUUUGUACGCGAAAGAGGAUUUAUUGGAGCAGAUGGAAAACGCGAUUAGCAUGGCAUUCCAGCGGAAAGCUUACGUGACGACAGCUCGUGUCAUGAGAUGUGUCAUCUCGAGUUAUUUUAGGCAGAAUGCGGUGGACAGGCUUGCCGAGUUUGUGCGGCUUGCCGAGUGUGCCGGAUGGAAAAGGUGCAGGUCGUGUUACCACUGCAAAAUGGUUUUGUACGCGAAUGAGAUGAGGAUUUACGAGAUGGAGAAGGUUCUUGAUGAGAUGGACAGAGUAAAAAUACCCUUCUGCAAGAAGACGUUCUGGAUACUGUACAAGGCCUACCAGAAAUUCAAUCUGAGGUCUAAGCUCGAACUCGUGGCUGGGAUGAUGUGCAAACUUGGAUACGGAAUACCUAUGGAUAUAUCGGUUUAGUGGUAGAAAUAUUUAAUUGAUUAGCUAAAGAAUGUUUUGAGCGUUCCCUGAGCAUGAGUGAGGCUGAUCCGAACUCGCAUUUGGAGAUGGCAGUUCUUUUUAAAAAUUGAAGUGCUCUUACAUUCUCGUCCAAGGAAGACGUCAAUUCCUGAAUUAUAGAAGCCAUCAAAGAAAAUUGACAUCGGAUCUCCAAAUCUCGUAAUAUUAUGGGUUGCCUUCCAUUUGUACAAUAAAUCGGCUACCAGACUUGUACAUGCUGAUCACAUUCAAUUUUGUAUACAUUGAUAGUUUUUUACAGCAGAUUCAGAAUAAGAGUAGCAUUGAUUAUACUUCUUUGUGGAAACUCUACUUUUGACUCGUAUUUCUCGCUAUUCUAAGCCUCUAACUGCUACAAGGCACGGUGGAUAAGGUCCUAGCUUAUCUUGUACUGCUUACUGCUUAUACACAAGAUAUUUGUGUAUUGCUCUGGAAAUUUAUUUAGAUGUGCUCAUCCAUACAUUGUCAGAUAGAAUUAGAACAGGAACAGGAAAAGAAAAGGAGAAAAGAUCUGAGACGAGAUCUACGCAGUCCAUUUGAUAAUAGUGACUGGGAGGGCUUCACUGGUUUUCUGGUCAUAUUUGAAAUCUUAGAUCUCAGAUUUUUGUUAAGAUUUCACAUUUGGGAUUAUGAAAUUUUAGGUUUUUAGUGGUGGAAUUUUAGGCUUUUAGGUUUUGCUCAUUGUUAAAGAACACUUUUCGUUAGGCAGUUUUGGCACAAAUUUUUUGUCUUGAUUUUGUUAAUUUUAAAUUAUGGCAAAAAUAUGAAUAAAUGUCGCACGAAUUUUC